GCGAGGCUCACCCUGCGUGGGAGGGCGCGGGCGAGAAGCGGCCGAGCCAGCGAAGAGGAGCAGCGGCGCGGGACGCCGGGCCGCGCCGGCUCUGGCCCGUCUGCGAGAUGCCCUGUGGGGAGGAUUGGCUCAGCCACCCGCUGGGGAUCGUGCAGGGCUUCUUCGCUCAAAAUGGAGUUAAUCCUGGCUGGGAGAAGAAAGUAAUUGAGUAUUUUAAGGAAAAGCUGAAGGAAAAUAAUGCUCCUAAAUGGGUACCGUCAUUGAACGAAGUUCCCCUUCAUUAUUUGAAACCUAACAGUUUUGUGAAGUUCCGUUGCAUGAUUCAGGAUAUGUUUGACCCUGAAUUUUACAUGGGAGUUUAUGAAACUGUUAACCGAAACACAAAAGCACGUGUUCUUCAUUUUGGAAAAUAUAGAGAUGUAGCAGAGUGUGGGCCUCAGCAAGAAGUUGAUAUAAACUCUCCACGAACUACCACUUUGGAAAGACAGACUUUCUAUUGUGUGCCAGUGCCUGGAGAAUCCACGUGGGUAAAAGAAGCCUAUGUUAAUACAAACCAAGCUCGAGUCAGCCCUUCAACGUCCUACACUCCCAGUCGUCACAAGAGGAGUUAUGAAGAUGAUGAAGAUAUGGACCUACAGCCGAAUAAACAGAAAGAGCAGCAUGCGGGUGCCAGACAAGCAGGGAGUGUUGGUGGUCUUCAAUGGUGUGGAGAACCAAAACGUUUAGAAACUGAAGCGUCUUCUGGACAACAGCUGAACCCGCUAAACCUCUCUUCUCCUUUUGAUCUGAAUUUUCCAUUGCCAGGAGAGAAGGGUCCUGCUUGCCUUGUGAAGGUCUAUGAAGACUGGGAUUGUUUUAAAGUAAAUGAUGUUCUUGAGUUAUAUGGCAUACUAUCUGUGGAUCCCGUGCUAAGUAUACUGAAUAAUGAUGAAAGGGAUGCCUCUUCGCUGCUAGAUCCAAUGGAAUGCACAGACACAGCCGAAGAACAGAGAGUGCACAGUCCUCCUGCCUCCUUAGUGCCAAGAAUCCAUGUGGUUUUAGCCCAGAAGUUGCAGCACAUCAACCCUUUACUGCCUGCUUGCCUUAACAAGGAGGAGAGCAAAACCUGUAAGUUUGUUUCCAGUUUCAUGUCUGAAUUGUCUCCAGUCAGAGCAGAACUGCUUGGGUUCCUCACUCACGCCCUUUUGGGAGACAGUUUGGCUGCUGAAUAUCUUAUAUUACAUCUCAUUUCUACAGUAUAUACAAGAAGAGAUGUUCUUCCACUAGGAAAAUUUACGGUUAACUUGAGCGGGUGUCCACGGAAUAGUACCUUCACGGAACACUUAUAUCGAAUUAUUCAACAUCUGGUUCCAGCAUCUUUUCAUUUGCAGAUGACUAUAGCGAACAUGAACCACUUGAAAUUCAUUCCCCACAAAGACUACACAGCCAAUCGCUUGGUCAGCGGGCUCCUCCAGCUGCCCAGCAAUACUUCUCUUGUAAUUGAUGAAACUCUCCUGGAACAGGGGCAGCUGGACACGCCAGGUGUUCAUAAUGUGACUGCCCUGAGCAACCUAAUAACUUGGCAGAAGGUGGAUUAUGACUUCAGCUACCACCAGAUGGAAUUCCCCUGCAAUAUUAAUGUUUUUAUUACUUCGGAGGGGAGAUCACUCCUGCCGGCAGACUGCCAGAUCCACUUACAGCCACAGCUAAUUCCACCAAACAUGGAGGAGUACAUGAACAGCCUUCUCUCUGCGGUGCUGCCUUCUGUGCUGAAUAAAUUCCGCAUUUAUCUGACCCUUUUGAGGUUCCUGGAUUAUAGCAUAUCUGAUGAAAUAACCAAGGCAGUUGAAGAUGAUUUUGUGGAGAUGCGCAAGAACGAUCCUCAGAGCAUCACUGCCGAUGAUCUCCACCAGUUGCUCAUUGUAGCUCGGUUUCUGUCUCUCAGUGCUGGUCAGACAACACUGUCAAGAGAACGAUGGCUAAGAGCAAAGCAGCUAGAGUCUUUAAGAAGAACCAGGCUUCAACAGCAGAAAUGUGUGAAUGGAAAUGAACUUUGAAGGUACUGACAUCUAUGAAAGAGUAAUGGGCAAAUUGUAGCCACAUUAUUGUAAAAUUCAAAUAUCAUUUAUACCACACUGUUUUGUAGAUAAUUUGUAUCAAAAAAAAAAAACCAAUGUCUUUUCCUGAAAUCACACCUGGUAACAUCUAAAGUUUAUAUAAUAUUCAGUAAGGGCUUUUUCCUUACUGAUUUUAUGGAGCUUUUGAAGUUUGUUUUAUAAUUAUAUAAAUUAGUAAUGUACAAAAAUGUAUUUGAUAUUAAAAGUUUAAUAUUGAUAAUG